CAGUUAACAUCCGCGUCUGCCGAAAUCCAAUUCUCUCACGCUCCACCAACGCGUGACGCUCGCCCACCCGCAUAUCUUCGCUUAUUCAAAAAAUCGUCAACAUUACUUACCACUGGAUAUUCCAACUCUUUUUCAAUCUGCCAACUUUUUUUUUUCCUCUCUAGAUCCAAAUCACCACUUCUUAGGUUUAAUCUUCCAAAUUCGGAAGUUUUUGGGUUUAAGCUCUACUCAAUUGAAAUAAUCGUCUGUUUUUUUGGGUUCCGAUGGCUGUGGAAUCGAAGACGGCGGUGAGGUUCACCUUGGGGAAGCAGUCGUCCCUGGCGCCGGAAAGGGCCCGGGAUGAAGCUCUGACCGAAGGUGAGCAGGGAGAUGUUGAGGGGAUUGAUCCCAGGGUCAGGCUGAUGUAUCUGGCAAAUGAGGGCGACUUGGAGGGGCUGCGCGAGCUUUUGGAUUCGGGAAUGGAUGUCAAUUUCAGGGAUAUUGAUAAUCGGACGGCUCUCCAUGUGGCCGCGUGUCAGGGCUUCAGCGAUGUGGUUGAGUUUUUGUUGAAGAAUGGGGCUGAAAUUGACCUCGAAGAUCGCUGGGGAAGCACACCCCUUGCAGAUGCAAUACAUUACAAAAACCAUGAUGUAAUCAAACUUCUGGAGAAACAUGGUGCACAACAUCUGAUGGCUCCCAUGCAUGUAAAUAAUGCCCGUGAAGUCCCAGAGUAUGAAAUUGAUCCUAAGGAGCUUGAUUUUACAAACAGUGUUGACAUAACUAAGGGAACCUACCGCAUUGCAUCAUGGCGUGGAAUUCAAGUUGCUGUAAAAAGGCUUGGGGACGAAGUGAUAAUUGAUGAGGAUAAAGUGAAGGCAUUUAGAGAUGAGCUUGCAUUGCUUCAGAAGAUACGACAUCCCAAUGUAGUCCAGUUUCUGGGUGCUGUAACUCAAAGUAGUCCAAUGAUGAUUGUGACAGAAUAUUUACCCAAGGGAGAUCUUCAUGCAUUCUUGAAAAGAAAAGGAGCAUUAAAAACGGCCACAGCUGUGAAAUUUGCGCUUGAUAUUGCAAGGGGAAUGAAUUAUUUGCAUGAGCAUAGACCAGAAGCAAUAAUUCAUCGUGAUCUAGAGCCUUCAAAUAUAUUGCGGGAUGAUUCGGGACAUCUGAAAGUUGCAGACUUUGGAGUUAGCAAGCUGCUGAAAGUUGCUAAUACAGUUAAAGAAGAUUACCCUCUAAUCUGUCAAGAAACUUCUUGUCGAUAUUUGGCUCCAGAGGUUUUUAAAAAUGAAGCUUAUGAUACCAAGGUGGAUGUUUUUUCAUUUGCUCUAAUUCUACAAGAGAUGAUUGAGGGCUGUCCACCUUUCAGUGCAAAGCCAGAAAAUGAGGUUCCUAAAGUAUAUGCUGCACAAGAGCGACCGCCUUUCAGAGCUCCAUCCAAGCUUUAUUCUCAUGGACUUAAAGAGUUGAUUGAGGAAUGCUGGAAUGAGAAUCCUACGAAGAGACCAACAUUUGGGCAAAUACUUACUAGGCUGGACCGCAUUUAUAACCAUCUUGGUCAAAAGAGGCGUUGGAAGGUUAGGCCAUUGAAAUGUUUUCAGAACCUGGAAGCAAUGUGGAAGAAAGAUCAUUCUGAUCUAAGCACCUCCAGCCGUUCAUCUCGUCCAAACCGGUAGUAAAUGAAUAGCAGGGGAUUUGUGUGCCAUAGUUUUCUCUUCCCAACUUGGUGAUAGAACUGUGAAGUUUGGUUUAUGUAGCGUGGAAAACACAGUUUCUUCAUUAAAAUAGAAACUCACCCUUUUUGCAUUUGUGGGCUGAGAACUACAAUUCAUGUGGCAUAUAUUGCUAUAAAAAAGUGGAUCCGUUUAUGUAAAACCGUGUAAUAAAAUUGCUUUGCAUUUUUAGGUAUCAA